UGAUAUUUUUAUGUGACCGAUUUACAGAGGUUUUUUUUUGUCGUAUGUAAAAGAUGAUUGUCAAACUAUGGGUAGUAGUAUAUUACUCAAAACAUUCUGUCCAGCGCUGUUCACUGUAAGCUUGUUUUGCCCAUGUGUGUAUAGAGGAAGUUUAUCUGCAAGUGGGAGGGGUAUGGGAAGGUGGUUAGGCGUAGAGGAAAGGAAACCACAGACCUAGUGGUUUUUAUUUGCCGAUUUUAGUCAUGGAGGGAGAUAACUCCGCUAAAUCGAUUUCAGACUCUCGAAAGGUUAGCGCAUCUUGGAAAACAGAUCAGGUCUGUCUUGUGCACUUUUUUGUUUGUUUUACUUUUGUCAUGAAAACACAUCUUUAUGUUACCUUUGCAAGAGUUAGAGGUCUUCAUAAACCUGAUGCUGAGGGUUUUAUGGUACUACUCAAGAGCCCACAGAUUGUCCAUUUUAAUUGUUUUGUUUAAGGUAAGAAAACUGGCCAGAGGUUAAUUGGGCUUUUUAAAGUGUUUCACUACCUACUACUCUUUGCUCACAGGACUAAUCAAGAUGCUUUUAUUUUUAUAAAAAUAUAUGUCCAUUUUAGAUUGGAUUCACCUGUUGUGUUGAAACUGUCUUGUUCCACACAGUAAUGCCACUUGGUAUAACUCAGACGUGAAGGUCUUUGCUGAGAAAUACAUAAUAGUAUAGUAUAUUACAUUUUUGGGCCGUUCAAUGCAAGACUAAAGCCAGUCGUUGCCUGAUCUCUUGUCAUGACAUGGAGGAAUCUUUUGAGAAUGUGUUACAGCUUUGAAUGAAUUUGUUGUUGUUAUUACUAGUCGUGGUACCACCAUUAGCCUAUGAUUCAGAUCAUUGAUGCACUGGUCAGUUAGAACCUGAUUGUUUUUUUUUUAUUCUAAAGCACACAGUCUGUGCUGUGUAGAAUUAGAGAAGUAAUUUUCAUUAUAUUUCCCUAAAGCAGCCGACACAUUGUAAUCAACCUCAGAGGGUUGAUGAAUAGGGUGGAUUGGCUAGCUGACACAUUAACCUGUGAUUGGCUGCUGCUGCCAUGUGAACAUUUAUGAGCACAGUGCUCAGGAACAAGACGAGAUGGCAGACGGGACUGCCGGCCCAGCAUGUCAGGCAUCCACCUGGUGAAGAAGGGACGAGAGCAUCGCAAAAUGGACAUACAGAGAGACUUCACCGUCGCCUCCCCGGCUGAGUUUGUCACACGAUUUGGAGGAGACCGGGUCAUAGACAAGGUACUCAUUGCCAACAAUGGCAUAGCAGCUGUGAAAUGCAUUCGGUCCAUCCGGCGCUGGUCGUACGAGAUGUUCCGGAAUGAGAGAACCAUCCGGUUUGUGGUGAUGGUCGCCCCAGAGGACCUGAAAGCAAAUGCAGAAUACAUAAAGAUGGCCGACCACUAUGUGCCAGUCCCAGGUGGUGCUAAUAACAACAACUACGCUAACGUCGAGCUGAUCGUGGAUAUUGCCAAGAGAAUUCCAGUGCAGGCAGUGUGGGCCGGAUGGGGCCAUGCCUCAGAGAACCCCAAACUACCAGAGCUGCUGCACAAGGCUGGGAUUACCUUCUUAGGUCCAUCCUGUAAGGCCAUGUGGGCUUUGGGGGAUAAGGUGGCCUCCUCCAUCGUAGCUCAGAGUGCUGACAUCCCCACCCUCCCCUGGAGCGGCUCAGGACUGAGAGUGGAGUGGGCAGAGGAGGACCAGAGGUUGGGCCACGUCAUCAGUGUUCCCCCGGAGGUGUUUGUUAGGGGCUGCGUGAGGGAUGUGGACGAAGGACUGGCGAGUGCAGAGAAGAUCGGCUACCCCAUCGUGAUCAAGGCGUCCGAGGGAGGCGGUGGAAAGGGCAUCAGGAAAGUGGAGUGUGCUGAUGACUUCCCCAACUUCUUCAGACAGGUUCAGGCGGAGGUGCCAGGUUCACCCAUCUUCAUCAUGCAGUUGGCGCAGCAUGCCCGUCACCUGGAGGUGCAGAUCCUGGCUGACCAGUAUGGCAAUGCCUGCUCGCUGUUUGGCAGAGACUGCUCCAUCCAGAGGAGACACCAGAAGAUCAUCGAGGAAGCGCCCGCCACCAUCGCUGCCUCAUCAACAUUCGAACACAUGGAACGGUACGCCGUGCAGCUGGCAAAGAUGGUGGGCUACGUGAGUGCUGGCACCGUGGAGUACCUCUUCUCUGACGACGGCAGUUUCCACUUCCUGGAGCUGAACCCUCGUCUGCAGGUGGAGCACCCUUGCACCGAGAUGAUCGCAGACGUCAACCUGCCCGCCGCUCAGCUACAGAUUGGCAUGGGUAUCCCUCUGCACAGAAUCAAAGACAUCCGCGUGCUGUACGGCGAGUGUCCGUGGGGGGACUCUGUGAUCAAUUUCGAUGCCCCGGUGUUCGUCCCCUCUCCCAGGGGCCAUGUCAUCGCAGCACGGAUCACCAGUGAGAACCCAGACGAGGGGUUUAAGCCCAGCUCGGGCACUGUGCAGGAGCUGAACUUCAGGAGCAGUAAGAACGUGUGGGGCUACUUCAGCGUCGGGGCCACGGGCGAUCUGCAUGAGUUCGCCGACUCCCAGUUCGGUCACUGCUUCUCCUGGGGGGAGAACCGCGAGGAGGCCAUCUCGAACAUGGUGGUGGCCCUGAAAGAGCUGUCCAUACGUGGAGACUUCCGGACUACUGUGGAGUACCUUAUCAAGCUGCUGGAGACGGAGAGCUUCAGGAAUAAUGACAUUGACACUGGCUGGCUAGACCACCUCAUCUCAGAGAAAGUGCAAGCUGAGAGGCCGGACACCAUGUUGGGAGUUGUCUGUGGGUCGUUGCAUGUGGCAGAUGCUUGUUUCAGGAAGAGCAUGGCUGACUUCCUUCACUCGCUGGAAAGGGGCCAAGUGCUUCCUGCAGCCAGUCUCCUGAACUUUGUUGAGGUUGACCUAAUCUACGAAGGAGUUAAAUACGGUCUUAAGGUGGGACGCCAGUCCCCGACCACCUAUGUCAUCAUCAUGAACGGCUCUGACAUUGAGAUCGACGUCCACAGGCUGAGUGAUGGAGGUCUGCUGCUCUCCUACAAUGGCAGCAGCUACACCACCUACAUGAAGGAGGAGGUAGACAGGUAUCGCAUCACUGUUGGAAACAAGACGUGUGUGUUUGAGAAAGAGAAAGACCCCACGGUGCUCAGGUCGCCCUCUGCAGGCAAACUGCUGCAGUACAUGGUGGAGGAUGGGGGCCAUAUCUGUGCAGGUCACCCUUACGCAGAGAUAGAGGUGAUGAAGAUGGUCAUGAGCCUGGUUGUGGAGGAGUCUGGCUGUGUGCACUUUGUGAAAAGGUCGGGUGCAGUGUUGGAACCGGGAUGUAUGGUGGCCCACCUGGAACUGGACGACCCCAGCAGCAUCCGUCAGGUUGAGCUCAACACUGCAUCCUUGCCGCCUCAGGAGCUUCUGCCCAUUGGGGGAGAGAAGCUCCACCAGGUGUUCCACAGCGUCCUGGAUAACCUGGUCAAGAUCAUGGACGGCUACUGCCUCCCUGAUCCUUACUUCAUUGUCAAGUUGAAGAAAUGGGUUGGCAGUCUGAUGAAGACUCUGCGCGACCCUUCCCUGCCUCUGCUGGAGCUGCAGGAGAUCAUGACCAGCGUCUCAGGCCGCAUCCCCGUCGCCGUGGAGAAGGCCAUCCGCAAAGUCAUGGCGCAGUACGCCAGCAACAUCACGUCCGUCCUGUGCCAGUUCCCUAGCCAGAGGAUAGCGAACAUACUGGACAGCCAUGCCGCCACUCUGCAGCGGAAGGCCGACCGCGAGGUUUUGUUCAUGAACACCCAGAGCAUUGUGCAACUGGUGCAGAGGUAUCGCAGUGGUGUCAGAGGCUACAUGAAAGCUGUGGUACUAGACUUACUGAAGAGAUACCUAGGGGUGGAGAUGCAGUUUCAGCAAGGUCAUUAUGAUAAGUGUGUCAUUAAACUGAGGGAACAGCACAAGCCAAACAUGAGUCCUGUUCUGGAGUACAUCUUCUCUCAUGCCCAAGUCUCCAAGAAGAACAUCCUGGUCACCAUGCUCAUUGACCAGCUCUGUGGAAGGGACCCCACUCUGGCUGAUGAGCUGAUGGCCAUUCUGAAUGAGCUCACACAGCUCAGCAAGAUGGAGAACUCCAAGGUGGCCCUGCGCGCCAGACAGGUGCUGAUCGCCUCUCAUCUGCCCUCCUAUGAGUUGAGACACAACCAGGUGGAGUCCAUCUUCUUGUCUGCCAUUGAUAUGUACGGGCACCAGUUCUGCCCGGAGAACCUCAAGAAACUAAUCCUCUCCGAGACCUCCAUCUUUGAUGUCUUGCCUGAUUUCUUUUACCACUCCAACCGCGUGGUGUGCAUGGCUGCACUUGAGGUGUAUGUGCGACGGGGGUACAUUGCCUACGAGCUCAACAGCCUUCAGCACCACCAGCUAAUGGAUGGGACGUGUGUUGUGGACUUUCAGUUCAUGUUGCCCUCGUCCCACCCCAACAGAGAGCCUAACGCCACAGAGACUCGCUCCAUGGCAGACCACAAAGGGAGCUGCCCUACCCUGAACAGGUUGUCGGUGCCAGCAAGUGGCCCUUCAAGCCAGCUGGAGAUGAGGCGGCAGAGCAGCGAGCUCUUCCUGGAUAUGGUCUUCUCCCCCCCCUGCCAGAGAAUGGGCGUGAUGGUGGCCUUCCUGUGCUUUGACGACUUCAAAAGGAACUUUGAUGAGGUCAUUGCUUGUUUUGCGGAGCCCUUAUUGGACAGCCCGCUGUUCACAGAGGCCACCACCAGUCUGUAUGACGAGGAGAGCAGCAGGAAUAUGAGGGACAAUCCCAUCCACAUUAUCAACGUGUCCAUCCGGUCUGUUGACACAGAGGACGAUGAAACUCUGGUCACGGAGUUGACCGCCUUUUCCCAGUCUAAGAAAUUGGUUCUAUAUGAAUAUGGCAUCAGAAGAAUUACAUUUUUACUUGCCCAGAAGCGGGAAUUCCCCAAGUUUUUCACCUUCAGAGCCAGAGAUGAGUUCCAAGAGGACCGUAUCUACAGGAACCUGGAGCCAGCUUUGGCCUUCCAGCUGGAGCUCAACCGCAUGCGCAACUUUGACCUGACGGCUGUGCCCUGCGCCAACCACAAGAUGCACCUGUACCUGGGUGCCGCCCGCGUUGAGCAGGGGGCAGAGGUCACUGACUACCGCUUUUUCAUCCGUGCCAUCAUUCGCCACUCGGACCUAGUCACCAAGGAAGCGUCCUUUGAGUACCUCCAGAACGAAGGUGAGAGGCUGCUGCUGGAGGCCAUGGAUGAGCUGGAGGUGGCCUUUAGCAACACUACUGUGCGCACCGACUGCAACCACAUUUUCCUCAACUUCGUGCCCACGGUCAUCAUGGACCCCUCCAAGAUUGAGGAGUCUGUGCGUUCCAUGGUGAUGCGUUAUGGCAGCCGGCUGUGGAAGGUCCGUGUCCUGCAGGCAGAGAUAAAGAUCAACAUCCGGCUGACGGCCACCGGAAACGCCAUUCCAAUCCGGCUCUUCCUCACCAACGAAUCGGGCUACUACCUGGACAUCACCCUUUACAAGGAGAUGAUCGAUCCAAGUUCCGGACAGAUCAUGUUCCAGUCGUAUGGGGAUAAGCAGGGUCUCCUGCAUGGCAUGCUGAUCAGCUCGCCUUAUGUCACCAAAGACCUCCUGCAGGCCAAGCGCUUCCAGGCACAGAGCCUGGGCACCACCUAUGUGUACGACUUUCCCGAGAUGUUCAGACAGGCUCUGUUUAAAGCGUGGGGUCCAGGUGGCCGCAGCCCUAAAGAUGUGCUGCUGUGUACAGAGCUGGUGCUGGAUCCUCAGGGCGGACUGGUCCAGAUGAACCGCCUCCCAGGAGACAAUGAGGUCGGCAUGGUGGCGUUUCGUAUGCGCAUGAAGACUCCCGAAUACCCGGAGGGCCGUGACAUCAUCGUCAUCUGUAACGACAUCACCUUCAGGAUCGGCUCGUUUGGGCCUCAGGAGGACCUACUGUUCCUGCGGGCAUCGGAGCUGGCGCGCACCGAGGGCAUCCCUCGCAUCUACAUCUCUGCCAACAGUGGGGCGCGCAUCGGUCUGGCCGAGGAGGUCCGGCACAUGUUUCAGGUGGCCUGGGUGGAUCCCGCUGAUCCCUAUAAGGGCUUUAAGUAUCUGUACCUGACGCCUCAGGACUACACACGGAUCAGCUCCACCAACUCUGUACACUGUCACCACGUGGAGGAAGGAGGGGAGUCCAGGUACAUCAUCACAGACAUCAUUGGGAUGGAGGACGGUCUGGGUGUGGAGAACCUGCGAGGGUCGGGUAUGAUCGCUGGGGAGACCUCUCAGGCCUACGAGGAGAUCAUCACCAUCAGCAUGGUGACCUGCCGUGCUAUAGGCAUUGGGGCCUACCUGGUGCGCCUGGGCCAGAGGGUGAUCCAGGUGGAGAACUCUCACAUCAUCCUGACUGGAGCAGGAGCACUGAACAAGGUGUUGGGCCGUGAAGUAUACACAUCCAACAACCAGCUUGGUGGCAUUCAGAUAAUGCACAACAAUGGCGUCACACACACCACUGUGCCAGACGACUUUGAGGGAGUCUUCGCCAUCCUGCAGUGGCUGUCCUACAUGCCAAAGAACAAGAGUGCCACGCCUCCAGUGCUGCCCCCUACUGACUCUGUGGAGAGAGAAGUCGACUUCACCCCCACAAAAGUUCCCUACGACCCCCGCUGGCUGCUGUGUGGCCGACCCCACCCUACCCAAAAGGGGGCAUGGGAGAGUGGCUUCUUUGACCACGGCUCCUUCAUGGAGAUCAUGGAGUCCUGGGCUCAGACAGUGGUGGUGGGCAGAGCCAGGUUGGGAGGAAUUCCUCUGGGAGUGAUUGCUGUGGAAACACGCACCGUUGAGCUGGCCAUCCCAGCAGAUCCGGCCAAUCUGGACUCCGAAGCUAAAGUCAUCCAGCAGGCAGGGCAGGUGUGGUUCCCAGACUCUGCCUUUAAGACGGCCCAGGCCAUCCGGGAUUUUAACCGCGAGGGCCUGCCUCUGAUGAUCUUCGCCAACUGGAGAGGCUUCUCUGGGGGAAUGAAAGACAUGUAUGACCAGGUGCUGAAGUUCGGCGCCUACAUAGUGGACGCCCUGCGUGAGUUUCACCAGCCCGUGCUGGUCUACAUCCCGCCCCAUGCUGAGCUGAGGGGAGGCUCAUGGGUAGUCAUCGACCCCACCAUCAAUCCACUCUGCAUGGAGCUCUACGCAGACAGGGAGAGCAGGGGUGGUGUGUUAGAGGCAGAAGGGACAGUGGAGAUUAAGUUCCGCAGGAAAGACCUUCUGAAGACCAUGCGCAGGAUUGAUCGUGCUUAUGCCGAUCUGGCAGACCAGCUGGGUUCACCUGAAUUGUCUCCGGCUGAACGGAAAGGUCUGGAGGCGAGGCUCAAAACACGGGAGGAGUUCCUUCUGCCUAUGUACCACCAGGUGGCAGUGCAGUUUGCGGAUCUUCACGACACCCCUGGGAGAAUGCAGGAGAAGGGAGCCAUCACAGACAUCCUGGACUGGAAGAACGCUCGUGCCUUCUUCUACUGGCGUCUACGGCGCCUCCUGCUGGAGGAGGUGGCCAAGGCGGAGAUCCUGCAGGCCAACAGUGAGCUGAGUGACGGCCACGUCCAGUCCAUGCUGCGCCGCUGGUUUGUGGAGACGGAAGGCACGGUCAAGGCAUACCUCUGGGACAACAACCAGGCGGUGGUGGAGUGGCUGGAGAAGCACCUGGCCAAGGAGGACGGCACACGGUCGGCCAUCAGGGAAAAUAUCAAAUACUUAAAGAGGGAUUAUGCCCUCAAACACAUCCGCAGCCUCGUUCAGGCCAACCCUGAGGUGGCCAUGGAUUGCAUCAUCCACAUGAGCCAGCACAUCACCCCGGCACAGAGGGCCAAGAUCUCCCACCUUCUAGCCACCAUGGACAGCCCCAGCCCCAGCCCCAGCUAGGCCCCGGGGGGGGGGGGGCUUCACAGACGUGCCCCUUUACGGAGCCUUUACAUGCUGAGACCCAGGAGCACUAAGCUGCCGGACACCAACCUCCCUCUAAUGGAGCUAAUAAAUGCCAAACUGUUGUGUAAACUUCCAACUGUUUUCUCAGGAUCAUGGUAAUCAAGUCGCCAGUUUAGUAAUGUGUUCUAUUUUGUGAUCUAUUGUUAUAAGGUUUUGUGAGUAUGUGAUCUGUUUUGACAAGGUUUCAACGAGGGGAAUCCUAUUUGAAAGUCACUGUAAUGACGCCCAGGAAAAACCUGAUAUAUUCGCCUACAGUAUUCAACAGUAGUAGUAACAGAGUUGCCUUAACAGACAUUCACUACAAAUCUCUACCUUGGAUUUCUGCUUUAUUUUGUACACCACACAUGACAAAACAUUUUAGUGUCACAAAGGACAAACUGUACAGCCAGAGCGAUCAGUAUUUAGCCUCCGGUAUUUUCCGUAUUUCUUUUGUGUGCCGACUGCUGAAUGUACUGUAUGUUGGACGUAUCGCUGAUCAUAUAAGCUGUUUCACAAAGCCAGUCAUGCACAAGCCACACAUACAAAACCAAGCCUCUUAUUUACUCAUGCAUGGCUUCGUUCGUUGACAGAUGUCCAAAGGAACUCCACGGCAUAAUUGCCAGUUGAUUUGUGAACAUUUCAUUUGUGUGGAUUUUGUCAAAGGUAUGUUUUAGAUGUACGUGAUUUUUUUUUGGUGCCAUUGAGUGUUUGUACCAAACAUGUUGAACCGUUGUGCCUCUGUUUAAGGGUAUUUAAGGAUAUUCACAUAUGGGUGAACACUACAGAUAUAGGAAACGUUUGUCACAGUACGUGCUAUGCUCUCCUCAAAAUGAAUUAAGUUAGUGUAUCCUUGAAGAAACAUAGUAAAAUGUUAUUUUUUUUAUACUUUGUAGUCAACAUUUACUGCUCUACAUUUCAUGCUUUUCGUUGUGAGAUGUCGAAUGAAAUGCUGUGGAUGUUUUGAUUUUACUGUCCACAAACCACACAGUGUCACAGAAGGUAAGUAUGGUCGACGCUCCUUGGGACAUGACGUGUGGGGUAAAGAGAAAGCCUCAACUUGACGCCUCCAGCUUGUUUUAUGAUACGGUAUUAAGAUUCCAUUUUACUGGUGUCCCUCCGAGGCAUCCUGUUGAAAAUGUGCCCGCUGUGCUGAAAAUACCACUUGACAUCUUCAAGUAAUAAAAAGUAUUUGACGCAAGACCUUA